AUGCCUCCAUGCACCAAUGUUUCCAAAGCAACGGAGGCCUCAAUGCAUCACAAGAUCCCGAAAGACUACGUUGAGGAACCGUUCAUGAGCACGGAAGCUGUAGACCUGUCAGGGUACCCCCUCUUUCCAACCCCACCACCUACACGGACACCCCUUUCCGCCGAUUCACAGGCUGUUCUUCUCGCUCUUGAGCAGGAUUUCGGUAUCGCACCCUAUUACUCUGCCCUCAACACUGCAGACCAAACAUCCACAUCGGCAGGGGUAAACCCUCAGGAUAGCGUGUUUAUCCCCGCGAACCCUGAAUCAACGGAUCCUAACCCAUCCUUUCCCCAACCUCAGUCCUCGACAUCGCUGUCAGAGGUUGCGGUAUCAAUCCCCCAUCCUAAUGCGCGAAGUAGCUCGCUACGCAACAGGCAUUUGCUGCUUCACACCCUCGCACAGGCGCUUUUGAUUCUGCAGCUCCCUGGGCGCAGUCCGGUAGCCGUAUUCCAGCUGCAUCACUACCGUCCAUGCUUUAUGGAUUCGAGAGAAAAUAGUAGCGUCUUGCACCGAACACUCCAACAUAACAUUCACUUCUCAAUCCGUCCCCGCAAUGGCCUCGGAAACGCCCCGGUUGGCGCGCUCAACGACGAUCGCUCGAAGACGCGCAGCACCGCAAACAGCCUCGAGCGUCAUUUCGUGUUCAAUGCGGGAAUGGAAAAGGAUGCGGAUGGCGCGAUGGCGGACUCCAGCGCUCCGUCUGAGCGAAAGCGCAUCAAAACGGAGUCGGGAGGGGGGAUCGAAGGCUGCCAAAGUGCGGUAUCCUGCAAGGAUCUGAAGUUUAGCCCCUUCCGCUGCUCAGAGGCCUUCCCCACGCCGAUAGAUGGACGCUGCUGGUUUGCGGGGGUAUCAGCGCCCCAGGGAGGGAAUAUUUUUGAACGCCCAGAGACCUUCUUUCGUGAUCAGCAAGAACCCUCUUCAAACCCAUCUGAGGUGAGGCUACACGCCUCAACAAACUGGGACACGAUUAUAACCGAUACCCUGAUUCCUCUUUUCUUUUCAAUGUUUUUGAAAUCUCAUGAAAAUCGCGUCGGUAUCCACUCUUCUGAUGAAGUGAAAUCAGCGUCCGCAAGCGGCUAUUCCGCUACCCCCAUAAAUCCUAAGCAUCGUGUUAGCCUUGCGCAGAAGCUCUCUUUUGAGCUUCUGAGGUGCCUCGCGCAUUUGUCGUGGUGCAUGGAAGUUGUAGAAAUCGUUGAACAAGCCUGGCAUCCCUGCCAAAGUUUGGAUUUCUCGGAAAGGGAAAAGGGUAGGAAGCAUUUCAAAGGCAAUCCGUGUGGCGUUCAGGGUGCGGUUCUGCUCAUGCUACCAGACGCCAUCGUGGUCGAGCAAACUGGUGAGCCAUGGUCCUCCAUUCUUUACCUGGUAAAGCCUAGGGGAAGUGAACCGGAGAAAUCGUCUCGCAAAACACCAGAAAAGGGGAAGAGCUCGGCCCCUGCACAUGAUUUUUCAGAGCGGUCUGGAAAAGAAGGGGUGGUGGAGUGUUCACUAGGCGAGGUCUCUUGCCAUUUGCUAGGAUUUUCCCAAAGUACCACCGAGUCUACUGUCGCUUACGGCGGUGGUGGUAUCGACGGUAUCGUUCUCCGCGCCUCUGGCUGUGGGGCUGAAAACGGUCAGCUGCAGUGGAAAGCAUUUGGUGGUCCCCUUGGGGCGGUAAAAAUGGCGAAAGGUGGCGUACUAUCAGGAAAAUUAAAAGAUUUCUGUGAUUUUAUUGAAUCAUCCUAA